UCAUCAAUUGUAACCUGACACUUAGGCCGUGGGUGGCUUUUGAAAUACACUGCAUCUGGGUUUACACGAACAGUCCAUUUGAAGAGGCUAGAACACACAGCCAGAUCUCGGAUUAAGGAAAACUUCGUGUAUAUAAGGUUCUCACAGUGGAGUUGGCUAGCUAGCAGCUGGAAACGAGUCGACUUGAAGUGGUUAAUGUUAAACCCUUAGCUAGCUAACUUAGCUCCGGGCCGUUAGCUCACGUAAACAGAAUUCCAAAGGCACCAUCAGGAAAGAGUGUUGUGUCAACGUAUUUGGCCAUAACGGAUAGUAGUGACUCUGUUGAUGCUAGUUAACGUUAGCCCAUAUACAAAAUAACUGAGUCUGGUACCUCGGAUAGUAAAGAAAGGUAGCUAGUUAGCUAAUCAUUUCUCAACUAGAGUUUUGUCGUGGAGCUAGCGAGUUAAUUUACGUUGCUUGUUGUGGACCUGGUUAUUCAUUUCAGAACUACUAACGGGGGCUUGUUGUGCCAGCUAACGACGUUAGUUAGCCCUGGAUACGUCGACUGUCCACUCUUUGCAGUUUAAACCACUAACGACAUGGGUCUUAUAUUUGCCAAACUGUGGAGUUUCUUUUGCAAUCAAGAACACAAGGUGAUUAUUGUCGGGUUGGACAAUGCUGGAAAAACCACCAUACUGUACCAAUUUCUGAUGAACGAGGUGGUCCAUACCUCGCCCACCAUCGGGAGUAAUGUGGAGGAGAUAGUGGUGAAGAACACCCACUUCCUCAUGUGGGACAUCGGGGGACAGGAGUCUCUCCGCUCCUCCUGGAACACCUAUUACUCCAACACAGAGUUUAUCAUCUUGGUGGUGGACAGCACAGACCGAGAGAGGCUGGUGAUCUCUAAAGAGGAGCUCUAUAAGAUGUUGGCUCAUGAGGACCUAAGAAAGGCAGCUUUGUUGAUAUUUGCCAACAAGCAGGAUAUGAAGGACUGCAUGUCGGCGGCGGAAAUCUCCAAAUACCUCACCCUCAGCUCCAUCAAAGACCACCCCUGGCACAUCCAGUCAUGCUGCGCGCUCACAGGAGAAGGCUUAUGCCAGGGCCUGGAGUGGAUGACCUCGAGGGCGGGACUAAGAUAGCCCCUUCUCCCUCGUUGGAUGUUGAACUGACUGACUACCGUUCUCACCUAUCUGGUGGUAUCUCAGCCUCUCCCUAUUGGCUUCUUAAAAACAAAAAAAUGGUUCAAUUUUGAGCUUAAGGCUGCACGGGAAGCAAGUGUUGCGUCUCUCCCUGCUACAUCAACUUGACCUCACCUGGGUUGUGUUCAUUCGGCACCAAACAGAAGAAAACAAAUCAAAACAGGGAGGGACUUCCAGAACUUGUCCAAUUAGAAAUGCUCCUUUCCAUUGUCCUUUGCAAAACGUUUUUGCUACGGUGUGCUGUAAUGAAUACCACACUAUUAUAAGGUCCUUGUUAACUGGACCCUCUUACUAAACCACAUGGACUUUUUGCUACCUGGAUGUGAUCAAGCUGAUGGUAAACUGCAGUAGAACCACAGCCAGAAAGAACACUUCUCCUCUAAGACUGGAAUACUAAGUGUCCACUUGAAGCGAUUGACACGCCAUCACCACUACAUAUCAUGAUUAUAUAUCAUAAUGCCAUAUUAGGACCUGGAUUAACAUUUAGGUCUCUUGAAUGUUCUGUGCGGAAGUGUUUCAUCAGCCAUGUAUUAAUUUGUCUGUCUAUUUUGAUGCCUACUAUACAGAGGCCUACACCAAACAGUGUUAACCUGACUACCAUAAGUGAGUAGGUAAACUUACUUAGUUGGGGAAAGGAAGGGGUUUAUCAUGGUGAAUGGACACCGGGUAGUAUCAGUAACACAAUGGUAUUCUAUUUUGGUUACAGGAGUGGAAGUCUGUUACAAUACAUGUGUUUUGGUUUAGGCCUAUGUGUGCAGGAUGGCAUGUUCAAGAUGUUAACUACUUUUUGGUGUGUUUUUUAAAAUUUCAUGGUGAGUUGUCGUCGGGGCUUAUUAUACAUGGUCAGAGGCUUCUGUUCAAAAGUAGUGCACUCUAUAGGGUGCUGUUUGGGAUGCACACUGGGUACAAGCCUCGUGGUGCUUGUUUCUUUGACUGUGGGAGCCACUGUAUUAUUGGGAAUAGUCGUAUUGCAUUUGACUUCUCAAGCGAAUGUCGCUGGGAUCUGUUUUUCUUCGCACUCAUUCACACCGGAAACAAAUGGGGUGCUAACUAGUGCUGAGCGAUCAACCAAAAUGUUGUUUAUUUUUUGUUUUUUUAACCGCUAAUUGACCUACGUUGGUUCAAUUAUUUGAAUUCCAUGUAAUUUUUCCCUGUGAGCUCAAUGCACACAUUUCAGUUUCUCCACAGAUAAAUCCGAUCAAGCCCAAUCUGUGCGACGUAUUUUCCAACAGGCCAAUAUUCAUAGUUUAGUGCAGAAAACGUGAUAAUUAACUACAAUGACCAUUAUGCAUAAUCCUACUUUUCAGUUUUUUUCCCGUUUACUCCUGCUAUGUUAGGUUAGUGUGGGGCAGACACUUAGACCGAGAAAUGCAUGAUCAAGAGGGAUAGAGAGCAGUUGCUCCGGGAGGUAUCUCUACCUGAAAAUACAUUUAUCUAAGUGAUUGAUAGUAUGCCUUAUUUCCAUUGAAGAACUACUAAAAUAGUGUUUUUUUUUUUUUUCAGACCGCAUAGGCAGCAGCUCUAUAGAGAUGAGGAGGUUUGGAAUUAAAGUCAUCAAAUAAAACAAAUGUAAUAUACAGAAUAAAAUAUUUUUAAGUAAUAAAUUAAGUGAUGCGCAGUAAAUUGGCAGGCACUACUAAUAAUGGGAAUUUUAAUCAUUGUUUUCUGUUAACAUUUAACCCACAGUGCAUUUAAUGUUAAAAUUGUAUCAACUGAAAACUGUGAUUAUUGAAAAAUAAUAAUCAAACCGAAACCAUACAGACCUCAAAUGCAGUAAUCGCUCGGCACUAGUGCCAACCAACCACUACCGUGGUAAUAUCAGUGUUCAAAGCUCAAGUUUCAUAACAGUAUUGUACACAGGUCGAUGCAGCAUUUUGAUUAGAUUAUUUUAGCAUUUUGUGUAUAUACAUCUCAAGUAUGUGUUGAGAUGUCGAACUGAGCAGGUCAGUAAUUGCAGCUACAUUUGUUAGUGUAUCACCUUAUUCUGACAGAAAUGACUCCUGAGAGUUAAAGUAGCCUGAGUGUCAGUCUGUCUGUGCUAUCACACCACCUCCUUGUUUUUAGCUUGACAAGGACAUCAAUGGAGUUUGCAAAAGCACUAAUGGAUCUGGGACCAAGCAAGCGUUAGAUAUAUGGUAGUCUUUGUGCAUUUUUGACUGCAGUGUGUCGGAACAUGCCAUUCAGUCCCCAUCCGCUUAUGUUGCGUACCCUCAAAACAGCUAGCCUGAUCCCAGAUUUGUUUGGGUUUUAGCCAACCUCUCUAGUUUGAGAAAUUGGCUGAAGCACACAGGUCUGGGACCAGGCUACUGACAGGCCUCAAAAGGAGUUAGGGUUAGGCUUCUCCUGUGUCAAAUGUGCCACAUGUCAGACAGACUCGCAUGUGAAUGAAUGGGAUGUUGAUGCUCUUCUUGUGUCUGAAAGUCUGUUUGCCCUGACAAUAUUUUAUCCCUUGUUCCCGCUGUAUCAAGAUUCUCAGAGUCUAGAAUCAGCCCCAUUCCACAAUCUUACUCAUUGUGGAUGGAACCACUAAAGUGAUCCUAAAUUGGCACUCCUACUCUGAGAAGCAUGCUACAUAUGGCCUCUCACCACCAGGAUUUGUUACGACAUUGGCCUGAUGGGUGAAUUCUUUUAAAUAGCUAACAGAUCUAUGCACGUGUCACUUUGCAGGUGUGUGUGUGGUGAAGUCGAGGAAAGAACUUCAGUCUUUUUCAUUGGGACUAGAUUCAGAGUAGCUCAGGGUCCGGUUUCCCCAAAGUACCUUAAGGCUACGUUCAUCAUUAGGACCUUCGUGGGAGCAUCGUUAAAUCUCUAAGGUGUUUCCCAAAACCACCGUUUUAAUAAAGCUGCUCUUAAACACUUAUUUAACGACGACAUCAGGCCACUUGUAGAACAGCUAAGUACGUCGUUAGAUGCUUUUUUUUGCCCUUCUGCGUGACUUUAAAAGAUAAAUACAGUAUAGGCUACAGACCUAAUAUACUGUAUUUGAAUAUAUAGCUAAUUGUAGACUAGCCUUCCGUCUAAUAUUUGCCAAAUCUUGAUUUAGUGCGUUUUAUAGGGUAAACGGUAGAAUAAGCCGCCUCAAUAUUUGUAGCCAUAGACAAUAAAUAACAUCUCUCUAGGAGCUGAUCCCUCGUCAGUAAUUCUAAUGCUAAGAUUGGAAAGGCAGAACGCUGCUCCGAGAAGGGCAGUAUCAACACAGGCCUCAAUGCACUUAUUGAAUGUACUCUGUGUGGUGGUUUGUGAAAAGCAUGUUAUAGCUUUGACUGUUGUAGGGAAGAUUAAAACGGUCAUAAGCCUAAGUUUCAGUGGGAAACUGGGCCCUGGUCCAUCCCGCGACAAGUUACAGUUACUGGUUUUAAUUGACACACAGUUAGCAUUAUGUGAAACUGAUGGACCCAGGAUGUGUCCCAAAUGGCUCCAUAUUCCCUAUAUAGUGUACUACUAUCAGUAGAGUGCCAUUUGGAAUUGGGACACAUACCCAGUCUCUUCAGAAUCAUAGUGCAUUCCAUUGGUAUCUAGUGCUUUAUACUCUGUCAGACAGUGGAAUGGUCAGACUUAAAUCAGGAUGAUAAUGACAUGUAUGAUCUGGGUUGCACAUUUCAGUUUUAUUUUUAAAUAAAAUAUUGUAUUUUGAAA